CGCAUGAAUACAAGCGGAAGAUGAACUGUCAAAGUUGGCGCAUUAUUUGAAGAUCUCUGUAGCAAUGUAUAUAUUAAUUUGGCUUAUCUAUCAACUAAUGAACUACCUUUGACAUAAAAAGCCUAUUUACUUGCAUAAUUUUAAAAAUAUAAAAACUAUGCGGUUGACAUGCAAUGUAGAUGUGGUGAACAGAAAUCUUCCAUCAGCUAAUAUUAAAAAAUCAAGUAAAGCUCAGCAUACACAGUUGUCUAUUGGUAAAAAACCAGGUGGGGGAUCAAAAGAGGCUCCAUUAUUCUUGAUGAUGUGUAGAGCCAAAGAUCGUAAUGGUACAAAAUUCAAGAUAAAAGAUAAUGUUCAGCAAAUUUUCGGGAAAUUCUUAAAUGAAGGGAAAGCUACAAUUCGCUUUAAAGAACCUGAACAGGAUAUAUGCUUAAGCAAGGCUGAUCCUUUGCAGUUAAAGAAUUUUUUGAAUCUGAUGAAAAAGGCUGCUCAGGGCCAAAGUAUAGAUCACAUCACCUUAUCUGUUCUAGCACCAGCAUCAGCCAAAAAUGUGGAGAAGCCCAAAAGUAAAAUGGUGGUUACCUCCAGAAAAGAUUAUCCUUUAACCACUAACUUUCCAUCAUCAUUAAUAAGUCUACAGGUUUCAAGUUGUAAAUUAAAAAGAAUCGAUUCAAGGAUAUUUGAUUUGAAGAAAUUGCAAGUUUUGAAUUUAAGUGAAAACUGUGUUGAAGAAAUUUCGACAGAUUUUGGAAAGUUUACCACGUUAGGAGAACUAUACUUAAAUAACAAUCUUAUCACUAGUAUAAAUCCACGAUUUUGUUUACAAAAGAAUUUGAUUUUGACAUUGAGUAUUCUAGACUUAAGCUUCAAUCAGCUGAAACUUCUUCCUCUACAAAUAUGUGAGUUGUCUAACCUGUAUAAUCUCAAGUUAAAUAACAACUUGUUAGAACAUUUACCUCCAACGAUAGGAAGACUCAGAAAUUUGAAGCAUUUUACAGCUUCUCAAAACAAAAUCUCACUUUUACCAGCAUCUUUCAUGCAGCUGAAACUGGAAUAUGUUGAUCUCUUUGGGAAUAAUUUCCCUGAUGAAGUUGAGGAUUCUCUUUUAGAAGACAAUGUUGGAGUGCCAUCACUUGUAGAAGCAUGUGCCAGAUCUGUCAAAAAAUAUAGAGUGCCUUAUACAGAUGAAGAUUUACAUGGACAUUUGUGUAGAUAUUUAGAUUCAGCCAGACUGUGUUGGUGUGGUGCUUAUUGUUUUGAGUCUAGUGCCAGAUAUAUUCAUAAAGUAUCUUUGAAAGACUUGACCUCUACUUCAACUUCAAUAAGUGAUGCAGGAAGGAGUGAGGUUCCUAUACAAGGAUUUCUCUGUUCACCUCAAUGUUUGAAUAAGUUCAAGAAAAAUCCUCGUGCAUAUUGGAAAUAAAGAUAGAAACUUUCCUAAUCUAUUAAUUAGCUAUUUGAGUUUUGAGCAUUUUGUUAAUGUACGUAUAUACAUAACUGAUAAGUACCCAAUAUUUCAAAAAAUGUCCUGACAAUUUGAUUAUAGAGCAUUAUAAUAAACCUGUUUCUAAGAUGUU